GAGAAGCCGACUCGUGGCGCCGGCAACGAGAAGACCUCGCCUGCUCCUCCUCCUCUUCCUCCUCCAGAGCACGCCUACAAUUAACCCGCUGCAAACAGACAACGCCCCGACACACUUUUAACGACUCGGAGCGAUCUUUAUUCCUUUUCACGCGCUUUUCCCUCAGCUCUCGCUCCCGCGGCGGCUGCGCUCCCCUCACGCCGAGGGGAGGACGGCAGAGAUGCGACGGCGCGAAAGGGGCGGGGCGCCGCGCGCGCCAGGCCCCGCCAGCCAAUCGGCGCCAGCCAAUCCCUGACGCGCGGCGCUGCGAUUGGCCAGGGCGGGCGGCGGGGGGCGGGGCCUCGCGCCCGCCAUGCUGAUCACGCUGUGCUACCUGUACCUGUGGGCGCGCUGGGGGCCGCGCUCGGCCGCGCUGGUCCGCAGCACCGUGCGGAGGCUGCACCGCUCCCGCUGCUCCUUCUCCUUCUGCGCCCGGCAGCCGCAGCCCGGCGAGAGCGUCUGCCUCCGAGUCGGAGGAAAGGUGUUCUGCACCGGAGAGGCGCAGUUCCUUGAUGACUUAAACAGGUGGAGUGUGCUUCUCAUUUCUCCCUUCGUUCACUCUGAGAAGUUGCUGCCGGCAGAGCACAUCGCUUUUGUGACAGAAAGCGUUUCUGCUCACACUGAGAGCUUGCACAAAGGCCCUGACUCUUCAAAGGAGAUUGUGAAGUGGUCAGACUUUUGUUCACCCUUGGCCUAUAAACCUGGUGAACCUUUUCAGUUAAUUGCUGAAGCCAGUGUAGAUAAUUUCAGUAGCCUUGGAAUAGCCUUCCUGGAAGACAGGCUGCAGAUGGAUAACGGGAUGGUGCCACACAGGAUUGUUUCUGUCCAUCUGGAGGAGUCUGCUCUGAAGGAGCUGGCACAGGAGGCACCACCAGCGAAGGAGGAAAGCGCAGACAUGGAUGCAGUAACUCCUGAGAAAUCAGCAUUAGCACGAGGUGAGGAGGAGAAAUCCGAGCUGGAAGCAGAGAGGGAGCACGAGGAGACAGGAGCUGGGGAAAACGACCCCUUGCACCUUUCCAGCUGCCACGAGUGCCUGCAGCUUGAGAUCAGCACCAUUGAGGCAGUGAAAUCCGCCUCUGCAGAGAACAUUCCAGAGCUCCCCGACCACUGCAGCAGCACAACAGAGGAGAAGGAGGACGAGUGUCUGGAAAAAGGAAUGAGGAGAAUGAACCUGCCUGGGAAACCCCCGAAUAUCUUGAUUUACCUGGGCUCUGAGGCUGCCAAGGCCAGGUUUGAGCAGGUGAAGUCGGUCCUCAGGGAAUGUGUGGAUGCUGAGAGCUACACAAUCUACCAGCUUCACCAGGAGCAGGUGCUCAGGGAUCCCUGGAGUGACAACGCCCUGCUGCUGGUCAUUGCCACAGAGGAGCCCAUCCCCGAGGGCAGCCACAGGCACUUCAUGACAUUUUUGUCCAAAGGGGGGAAGAUUCUUGGGUUUUCCUCGUCCUUCACCUUCGGGGGCGUGCAGAUAAAGCACAGGAACAAACUGAGGAGGGCUGUGCACGAGCUGCUGGUCUCCACAAAGGACAGCCCUGAGGUGAAGCUGAACCUCCUGGUCAGUGGCUGUGUUUUUGAGGAGGGGACAAAGGGAGAUGCCAGCAGGGUGAAGGUGCUGAGUCGAUUGAAUAAUGCUGAGAAGGACGCGGUGAUUGUGCACCUCACCCACGGGAGCAGUGGAGGAGAAGCCAUCCUUUCCCAGGCCCAUUUGGAACUGGACAGCAGCUCCAUGGAUGUGCAGACUGAGGAGGAUUUUAAUUUGCUCAAGAUGAGCAAUUCCAAGAGAUACGAAGUUCUCAGGGAGAUCCUGACGUGCCUUGGGCUGAGCUGUGAACGGAGUGAAAUUCCUGUGCUGACUCCCAUUUAUCUGCUCUCUCCAGAUGAGGAGAUCCAUCUUGCUUUCCUGAAGUGGCUGGAGGGGAACGUGGAUGCUGAGGGGAUAAGGGCAUCCAGCAAGGUGUCCCUGAAAUUCCUUUCAUCCUGGGAGUCCAAAGUGGAGGUGACUCCGUCCCUGAUGCCGGUGGUCACGGAGAUGGGGAGCUUCUCCUCGGAACAUUUCAGCCUGCAGACCUACCAGCAGCACCUCCAAACCAAGAAGCUGGGGAAGAUCCUUCUCUUCACUGAGGUCACCACCACAACCAUGAACCUUCUGGAUGGGUUAAUGUUCGAGUUGCCUGAGGAGAUGGGUUUAAUAGCAGUGGCUGGUCGACAAACACAAGGGAAAGGUCGUGGUGGAAACGUUUGGCUCAGCCCCGUGGGCUGUGCCCUGUGCACUCUGCACAUCUCCAUCCCUCUACAUUCCAACCUCGGCCAGAGAAUUCCUUUUAUCCAGCACCUGGUGUCCUUGGCAGUGGUAGAGGCAGUCAGAUCCAUACCAGGAUAUGAGGACAUCGAGCUGCGGGUGAAGUGGCCAAAUGAUAUUUACUACAGUGACCUGAUGAAGCUCGGUGGAGUUCUGGUAAACUCAACACUCCUUGAAACAACAUUUCAUGUUCUCAUUGGCUUUGGCGUUAAUGUGAGUAACAGCAACCCCACCAUCUGCAUCAACGACCUUAUUGCAAAGUUUAACAGGGAGGAGGGCACAGAGCUGAGGCCUCUGAGUGCAGACUGCCUCAUUGCAAGGACUGUCACUGUGCUGGAGAGGCUCAUAGAGGUUUUUCAGGAGAAGGGACCCAACGGAGUUCUCCCCCAGUACUACAAGUAUUGGGUACACAGCGGGCAGCGCGUGCGGCUGGGCAGCGAGGACGGCGCGCCCGCCUGGAUCGUGGGCAUCGACGACUUCGGGUACCUGCAGGUGCACCAGGAGGGCAGCACCGUGCAGUCCGUGCACCCCGACGGCAACUCCUUCGACAUGCUGAGGAACCUCAUCGUCCCCAAGCACUGACAGCCCCCGCCGGCGCCACCUGAACCCGCUCACGGUGGCCAGGGGAGCUCAGAGUCUGAUUUUUCCUGUGUGUUUGCCGUGGGUGGCUGCAGCAGCUGAAAGGAGGUGGUGAUCUCACAGCUGAAGGCCUUUGUUCUUUUCAUUAAAUUUAGAACACGCCUCUGUUGCCGUUCUUUGUAAGGAUCUGUUCUGUGCAAGGAGUCUGAUUGCAAAGGAGUAUUUGUGGUGAACAGACCUUUCUCUUCAUUUACACCCUGUACUGGAGAGACUGAAGUGGCUCAAUAUUUUCCUUUUUUUGUUUCUGUGUGAUCUAGCACAGUGCAGGACAAUAUUUACUUUUUUAUCUUGUUUUUUUUUUUUUUUAAACUAAAUUCUGUUUUUCUGUGUUGCCUGCACCAAAACCAGCUGGAACAUCACAUAUUCCUGAACUGCUGGGAUCACUGCUGAGCUUAAUUCCAGGUCUAAGUGAAGACCCUUGCUGAGCUGGUUCUUCUCUUUGUACACCUCUACAAUAAUUCACCAACCCGUGCUUUGAUCUCAGGUCUGCAACUCUUAGUGGCUGCCUUGACUUUUUGAGGGAGUAUUCCAUCAGCCCCUAGGAGCUGUGCUUGGUUAUCCAAGUGAUCUGCCCUCCUCAGUCAGCUGGAUCUGAGUAAAUCAUCCCAUUUCUCCUUUAAAUCAUUGCUUUCCAAGAGGUUUCAGCCCCUGGAAGAAAAACCCAGUGGAGCAGUGUCACAGCCAGCUUGUUGGAGAAUCCCAUCUCAGGGGAUGGAGCCUCUAAUUAAUUUAGAAUUUAGUGGUAAUUCUGUCAUGAUCUCAAUGAAGUGAAGCGGAUAAAUAAAGGGAAUAAAUCAAAUCUCCUGCUGCAAACAGUGAAAAAGAGAAAUUUCUCUUUUCCUUUUUUCACUCCAGUGAAAAAGAGAAAUCACACCGUGUCCAAAUCCUCCCCACAGCUCUGCUGUCACCCCCAUCCCAGGCCAGGGGCUGGUUUUGCUGCUGAGCACUGAAAGCAAGAGCUUUAACACCUGCUGGCCUGACAGCAGCUCAUUUUUGGGGCUGCAGCUCAUUUCCAGGAGGGGGGACAGCCUGGGAAUUCUCCUGGAGCAGCCACGGGGGAGCUUGGUGGGGUUUUCUCCCAAGGAGACUCGGCCACCCCAGCUCCCCAGACAAUUCUGUGCCCACCAGGUUUGUCCCAGAUGUGAUGUGGCCACCUUCAUUUCUCUUUUUUAAUGGUGGAUCAGCCAGAUUGGUUUCCAGAAAGGAAACUGCUGUCUGCUAGCCAGAAAUGGGGGUUUGGGUUAAAGUUCACCUCAUAAACAACCCAAACAUUUUAGAUUGUUUCAGCUCCAAAGCCAAGAAGUCUUAAAACAAGGAAACUUGUCUGUAAUGGUAAUUUUGACCAAUCCUCACAUAUUAGGGUUUAAGUGGUUUGGCAGCAAGAGCAGAAAUUAAAUUGUCCCUGUUAAAUUUGGGAUUUUAUGCUCCAUCUCACAGAAGAUUUGUCCUGAUUGUCCAAACCCUGCUGGGUGUUUUUUUCCCCCAUGAUCCAAAUCCCAUGAGGCUGCACCCCAGCAUCUCCUAGAACUGCACACACACAGAGCUGCUAAUUACCAUAAUUAAAAUGAUACACCAAAUUUAGCUUUUUCUCACCAGAUGCUUUCAAAACUGUGUUGGCCUGAGAACAUUUGGCAGCUCCCUUUGAUACCAAAAUUCAAUAUUAAUGCAUGUUCUAAUCAACUGAAACUCAAGCCUGGCUUAAUAAAGCUUCAAUAAAAAAGAAGAAACCAUAUAUUUGUAUCUAGAUCUAUUAAAAAUGGGUGUGCACAUGCACACUGACAUCUUCCUGCUGCAUCCUCAUUUAUUUUCUGCCUUUUCCUUCUCUGUAAACUGUGCUGCUGCAGGAGAGCAGAGCUCUGGUGCUGCUUUUCCAACCACUGAGUUUUACAAAGCUUCACCUGAACCCAGAAUUUGUAGCUCAAGCUGUCUCAGCUUUAGGAUUUGCCCAUAGGAAGGAUCUUUUAGGGUUUUGUUCCCGUUCCACACAGACUGGGAAGUGCCUGCAGGGAUUGAACAACCAGGUUGUGCCUCAGGCUGGGGCUGGAGUGGCUUCCUUCAAACUUCUCUUAAAACUUCCUUCAGAAUUCUCUUAAAACAUCCUUAAAACUUCUCUUAAAACUUCCUUAAAACUUCCUUCACUGGGGACAAAAAAAGAUGGGGACAAGGAUAAAACAUUGAAGUUUUGGUCUGUAAAGCUUCAGUGCCUGAGCAGCAGCAGAGGGAUUUUUAGCAGCAAAAUUCUGCAACAUUUCCUGGUUGCUGUUGGUCCUUUUGUAGCUGCCUUGAUGUUGAGCAGCUUCUUGAGCUGUCAGGUUAUUCCCCAAAUUUUUUGCAUUGGGAAGAAGCUGAGGUGGAAUUCCCUUGCCACAGGGGAGAGCUCCCCAAGCCUGGCUGUGCCACAGCACUUUGCCUUUUCAGUGGCCUCUGCUGGUGUCUCACACCUCCAGCCUGGCUUUGGAUGAAGGAUUUGUUGCUCUCUCUUCAGAAGAACAAGGAGAAUUCCCGUGGGAUGAGGAAGAGCUGGGUGAAAUCCUUGUGGAUGAGCCCUUGGAGAAGCCCCUGACUGUGUCAGGGAAGCACAGGAGUGACUCUGCUGAACGUGGCGUGCCCAGAAAGCCACAGCACUUCUGCAGGAAAAUCCCUGUUUUUCCUGUUCCCCUGCGUGCCAGACAAAUGGUGUGGGGUGGCCCUGGCUGUGGGCAUGGAGAAAUCCAGGAACAAUGCACUGAAAAAGUUUCAUUUCGUGCAGCUGUCUGGAUUAGUAAAACACCUCUUCCAUUGUGAGGCUGAGCUCAUAUCUUAAACUAUUUUCUUGAUGAAGUGCUUUCAAAAAAACCAAUUUAUUCCCAUCUCCCUAUUUCUGUGACUUCAUUUUUUUUCUUUUUUUUCUUUUUUUCCUCCUGCUGGGCUCUGGUAGAACAUUUCUCAUGGUGAAAACAUUUGUGGGGGUUGUUUAUUGAUAGGAAAACUUCUGGGUGUGUUGUGAGUCCAGGGUGGGUCGUGCCCAGUCAGCAACAAAGCUGCUUCCAAAGGUUUGAAAAAGUAAUAAUGUACUUCACAUUUCAGAGGCCAGGCAGCACAUCCUGCUGCUAGUAAAGCUUUUAUAAGACUUCAGAGCUUUUUUUUUUUUAAUAUAUAUCCAACAAAUCAAGGGCUAUUACCUGGAAAUAAUAUUAAAGCAUUUAAUUCUUUAUGCUGCUGCUUCACUGUGCAAAACUUGGUUUCUUUGCUUUCUCUGGUUCAGCUGCAUCAGCAGUCUGAAGAAAAAAAAUCACUUUUUGCAACUCCUUUGGAGCUCUCUGUCAUCAAAAUAUCUGUCGUGGGAAGGAUUUGUGCAGGUUCCUGGGUUUGAUAAAAACAUUUGCAUGUCUGAGUGGUGGUGGGGAUGCACUGCCUUGAUCAGACACCAAAGAAAUUAAAUCUGAGCCCAGGAAG